AUGAAUUAAUUAAAUUGUGAUCUGAAAUCAUAAAUCAUAGAGUAUUUUGAAGAAUUGUAAAACAAAUUGAAUCAAAUUGGCUAUUCUGAUAUACGUGUUAUACUCCCAGAUGAUAUUUCAGUAGCAUUUAAAUAUAUUACUCGAAUUCUAGAUUAAUUUAUAGAGUAAACUCAUAAUAUACAUAAAGAUUACAUCAAGAAAUAACUGAAUAAUAUGAGCUAUUGGAACAAUCAUUAUAAAAAAAUGAAUCUGAAAAUCGAUAUCACAUUCAUGUUCAUUUUAUCAUUUAUUUCAGGUGGAACAAAGAUUGAAGAUUCAUUGUGAUUCAUUAUAAGAGAAUCUUACUUAAAAAGAUGAGUAAUGUAGAAUUCUUUAAAUGAAGAUUGAUGUAUUAAUUCUUAUUCAAUUUUAAGCUUUAAGAAAGAUAAAUAAUCCAAUUAAAAAAAGAAAUUGAUGUUGCAUCAAGGAGAAGAAUAGAAACAGAUAAGAGUGUAACUGACACUCAAUCAAGAGUAUAUAUAUCAUCUUACAAAAGCAAUAUUUAAUGAUAAAUGGAAUACCUUCAUAAUAAACAAUCAAGUAAAUAAUUAAACCCAAAACUCGACUAUAAACUGAAUCUAUAGAUAUCAAUAAAGUUAGAUCUAUCUCCUCCUUAGAUUAUAAUAACUUUUCUAUUUUAAUUAGGAGAAAUGAUGAACGAAAAAAGAGGUCAUCAACUAUUUAAAUCAACAAAAAAAAGUGA